GACUAUCCAAGAUGGCGGACGUGGAGAGUCAAUUUGAAGCUGCAGUGAAGGUGAUACGCUCUAUGCCAAAGAAAGGGGCGUAUCAACCUUCCUACGAAACGAUGCUAAAGUUUUAUGGGUAUUUCAAGCAAGCUAAAGAAGGACCUUGCACUGAAUCAAAGCCUGGUUUCUGGGAUGUUGUCAAAAAAGCCAAAUGGGAAGCUUGGUCAGCACUUGGUAAUAUUUCAAAAGAAGAGGCAAUGGAAUGCUACAUUAAUGAGCUCAAGCAGGUCAUGGAAACCAUGCCAGAUACUGAAGAGAUGGCAGACUUCAGUACUGUGCUCAAAUCAUUUUAUGAAGCUGUUUAUGAACCAUCUGGCCAAGAACCACCACACAUCCUUCGAGUUUUUAAGAAAUCAGUAGAAUCCCCAGAAAAGGCCAAUUAUCAUAACCUUUCCAAAGAAAUGCCAGUUACAAAUUCACAAAGUUAUGAUGAAAAAUCAAAGACGUUUGAAAAUGACAGAAUAGAGAUAUCUCUUGAAAAUGUAUUGAAGUCAAAGGAAGCAGAUUCAAAUGAUCAAAUUAAUGGUGAUCAUAUUGAUGCUGAUGUACUGGAACAUUAUAGUCUUAAUCAUGAUAGUAACAAUACUAUGAAUAUACUAAGCAAAUCAGAUGAAAAUGCUAAGGAUGCAGCUAAUUCAUUGGAAGAUGUAGGUGAUAAAUUUGAGAAUGUAAAUGGUUCUCAUUUGAAUGCAUCAUUGUUGGAUGAUGCACACAUCACAAGCUUACAACCAAAUUCUCUGUAUAUUGUUGAAGUAAGCAACAAAAAGAAAGGCUCUCCUCUUAACAAAGAAGAUUCAGAGGAUCUCUUAAAUGAUAAUGACCAUGCAGGUCAGAACCCACAACUGAGAGUUGUGCAGAGUACCAUGAAAGAUAAUGGUCAAACAGAUCAGUCAAGUGCACUGCCAUCUAGUGAUGAAAGCGAAGAUGAAGAAUUCUGUGAUUCCAUAGACCCAGAACAUUUAUCUGUUCUCCAGAGUGGUUUGGUUGAUACCCAUAAACUGAAUGGUUCGACUGAGUCUCAUAAUAGUAGUGCAUCUACUAGCUCACCUGAUCACAUACCAGCCUCUUCACUGACUGAGUCAGAUAUGUCUGAUGUUGAGAAUGAGGAGUUAUCAACUACCAACCGACAUACCAGCACUCCAUUUGAAAAGAAGCCUGUGCAUGUGACAUUUGAUGAUGAGGAGAAGUCAACAACAAAGACCAAACACGAACACAAGGAUUCAAAUGGAAGAAGAAGGGUUAAUGAACCACAUAUUGCUCCCACUAAUUCAAAUGGUCUUAAAGCUUCCAACCACCUUAAUGGAGGAAUCCUUAAAGUUAAACAAGCUGGUAGUGGUUGUGGAGGGGGUGAUGCUUCCAAAGGCUUAAGACAGCCACCAGCAAGCUUAGGGUUUUCUCAGACUAGUGGACAAGGAGGGGGCUUAGGAAGCAAUGCUGGUAAUAGCUUACCAGAUUCAAGAAUGCUGCAUGGAAGAAGUGCAGGCCACAGUGAUAGUGACAGUGAUGAUACAAAUCCCAAUGGCGAAAGCUGUGAUUCCUGUGGUGAAAGAGAGGAAAUCAAUGAGAGAAUUAUGAUAGCUUUAGAAAGACUGCAACAAGAUAUGAGCAGAGUCUUAAGAAGACUAGGUACAAUGGAAGAUGUAAUGGCCUUGAGACAAGAAAGGCUUCAGAAUAUAAGCACACUUACCAGCAGAGAAGACCAAGGUUCAUGGUGGAGGCAAUUUAUUCCAUCAAAGACAGUAGCAUUCCUCAUACUUUGGCCAUUCAUUAUUAAUCUUAUAUUUUAUUCUUGGAGAAGAAGAAAGGCACACAAUUUAUAGCAGAGUUCUAUUCAACCAUCAAUUAUAACAUUUUGAAUCAAUAACAAUAUUACAAUAUUGAAAAAACAGUAUAAUGUGAAUAGUAAUUGUGUUGCUUUAUGAAUUUAUAAAUAUCUUUCUUAAUUUCACCAUCAAUUUUUUGAAGUCUAUUUAAAAAUGACUACUACAAAAUCAAUGCAUUCUUUAUAAAACUCAAAAUAUUUUCAAAAUAAGAAGAUUUUUUGUCAGAAUCUCGUAUAUGUUCCAAUGUAAUCCUUUUCGAAAAAGUUUGUAAUUUUCUUUGCUGUUGUUUGGUCCAAACUACAAUCCAUUAGUUCCUCUGUUGAAGCUUUUGCUAUGUUUGCAAUUGUCUGACAUCCAUCAUGAAGAACAAAGCAUUGUAAGAUAUUAGUCAUGGAAAGCUUUUAAUUAUAAUAUUGGCUUUAUUAUAAAUGAAAUAUAUACAAUAUGAGUGGCUAGUCUAUGGAGGGGUUUCAUUAAGGGUCAGAGAUUUGAGAAUGUGCUGGCAAAUGAGCAAAAUUCUCUGACUUAAACUGCCAUGGCUAUUGUGAACAAUCCGCACCAUACAGUCUUAAUGAAACUCCUGUCUAUGUGGUUAUUUACAAGAGAGAGCCAUCAUAAACCCAUGAAGAUCUAUCUAAAAUAAUAUCAUAUUGAUAUAUUUGUUUGGCCAUUGAAGAAAAUUCGUUUUAGAAUUGAAUGCAAAUAAGGUAUUAUUUGGCAUUAUUUGAUUUACACACUUCUCCUGGUUGACAUUUCUAUUGUGCUUACCUUAUUUAAGGGAGUACUGUAGUACCUGUCAGCUGACUAGAUAAGGGGGGGGGGGGUACUAUUCUACGCUUUUACCCAAUGAGAGAGCAUCUAAUUUUCAAAAGCCAACUAUAUACAGUAGGAAUUUUUACUCUUUUUUUGCUUUGUAAAAGUAAUAUUUGCCAUUUGCCUACAUAUCAAACUAAAUUGUGCACAAAUUUUGUGGAACCCUAAAACAAUAUAUCUCCUGGCUGAGUUAUUAGGAAGAGCAUGGCUAACUCUGUUCACAAAUAAGAAUUUAGCAUGUUGUGUCAAUAGGGUUAGGGUUCCAAACCAGAAACUGAUUUUUUAUAGAAAAUUUCAAGAUCAUCCUCUGAUAUAUAAUGAUUAAUAAAGGAUAUCAUGCAUUGUAAGUCCCAGAUUUGACAGAACAUGAAGUACCACACUCUCAGUUAGUGUUGAUGACUGCAGAUUUUGAAGUCGGUCUUGGAUAAUUUGUGAGAGUGGUUUGCAAGUUACCUAGAUCAUAACAUAAUUAUUAUAAAUGACAUUUGAAAUUGAAAAUCAUUAUGGCAAAUUAAGCUUAAAAGUUACUGGUCUUUGCAGAGAACCCAGUUACAGAGCAUAAGUAAUGAUACUAAAGUAGCAAUCCUUUUUUUGAUAUGGGUGGCCUGUGCCCUCAUGGAUGGUACGUAUCAGGAUUUUUAUGAGCACUAGUAAUAUCUUCACUCCUGAAAUUAUUUUGCAACCAGAUAGUUGACUAAGAUCUCAGUUGUAGUGUUACACUCUUUAGUAACACAUUAAGAGUGGAAUUGACAUGAUUUUGUUAUGUGUCAUAAAAUAAAUGCUCACAGGCCUCGAAAAGAAA